AUGUCAGGACCUUACGGUCAGCCUGGCUACAAUCCCCAGUAUCAGAAUCCAUAUCCGGCAGGAGGACCUCCGCCACCUGGUUUUAACCAAGGACCAGGACAGCAGCAACAAGGGUUCAUGCCCCCACCGAUGCCGCACCCAACCAUGAUGGGCAUGGGAGGUAAUCCUCAUUAUGCAGAGGGUGGUGAACCCGAUAAAUAUAAUCUUCAGUUCAGUGAUCGAACAAUUCGAGCAGCAUUCGUGCGCAAGGUGUUUUUCUUGGUGGCCAUUAUGCUCGGUGUAGUAGCGAUUAUGACAGCAAUACCAUUCUUCGAUGAGAAUACAAGGCUGUUUGUUUCGAGAAGUUUGGGAAUGUACUGGGCAGCAUAUGGUGUUUUCUUUGCUGUUUACCUUUCGUUGAUGUGUUGUGAGUCAGUGAGACGGUCCUUCCCAGCAAAUAUCAUUUUGACUGCAGUUUUCACACUGGCUGUUGGUUACAUGACGAUGAUGAUCACCGCUCAUCACAAUAUCGUCUCAGUGCUUCUCACACUUAUCAUCUGCACCAUCUCCUGUGGAUCAAUCAUUAUAUUCUCAAUGCAAACCAAAUACGAUUUGACAAACAUGAUGGGAAUAAUGUUCAUCUUGUCGAUGUGCUUGAUGGUGUUCGGUUUGGUUGCGAUCAUUUCGGCUAUUUUCUUCAAAGUGAAGUUCAUCUACAUGGUGUAUGCUGCUCUGGCCUCGCUUCUGUUCAUGUUUUAUUUGGCCAUUGAUGUCCAGUUGUUAAUGGGCGGGCGUAAGUACGAGAUCUCGCCUGAAGAUCACAUUUUCGCGGCUGUGCAGAUCUUCCUCGACAUCGUUUAUAUCUUCUGGAUGUUGCUCUCAUUGUUUGGAUCCAGCAAGUAA